AAAAAAAACUUAUUUCUCUACACAUUUAAAAUUUAUACAAAAAAAAAUAAUUAUAUAAAAUUAUAUAACGAUGUCGGAUAAAUUUCACGAACAAACACAACGCGCAAUGGAUUCGGGAAAAGACUUGUCAUCAGCAGCUUACGAUAAAGCAUACCAGGCAUCCGAAACAUCUCGAGGUUUAUUUAAUCAAACGAGCCACUAUGUUCAAGCAACUGCCUCUCAAUUGAGUGGUACAACGAAGUACUGUUGGCAUGAAUUCCCUCCCAUUCGUUGGGCAACUUAUACUUUAGGUGCAUUUAACGCUAUACCCAUUGCAAUUUUAAUUUUUUGGGUAAUUGUCAUUUUGGGUUUUGUAUCUCUUCCCGUUGUUAGUGUUGUUGUCUUUAUUGCCUUUAUUUUGGCUGGUUGUGCUCUUUUUGUUUGGGGAGGAUUUCAUGCUGGUAUUAUCAUUUUUACAAAGUUGGGCUUAAUGUAAAUAAUUUAUGAUCAACUUCACGUUAGAAAUUGUGAUAUUAAAAUAAAAAUCCUUCUUUAUUUUUUCUUUCCUUUCCUUACACUCCCUUUCGUUUUGU